GCGUCCCACGUGGUCACCUCCAGCUCAGAGGGGCCCUGGACCAACAGCUCCCUGAGCCUCAAGGAGGAGCUCAGCCCUGACCUCAGUCUCAGCUGUGAGGCCCGGAAUGUGCACGGGGCCCAGAGCGCCUCUGUCCUGCUGCUGCCAGGCAGCCCUCACUCCAGCAGAUGUGUGACCGAGGAGCAGCAGGGCUCCUGGCCCCUGGUCCUCACCCUGAUCAGAGGGGCCCUCAUGGGGGCUGGCUUUCUCUUCACCUAUGUCCUCACCUGGCUCUACUACACCAGGUGUGGAGGCCCCCGGAGCAGGAGGCAGAGCUCCUGAUGGAUCCUCCCUUCCGCUCAGGAUGGGACUGAGGUGUGGACACCACGCUACAGGGACUAUCCUGGGACAUCAAUGGCACCUUCUCCCUGGAA